AAUGAUGACGUUUCCGGAGCGCGAAAUGUAAACAAAACGUGGACGCUACGCUACUAAGCUAUAAAAGAUUUAUUAAGUUUUUAAAUAGUUUAUUACAUUGUUAUAAGUAUGAGUAAAUUAUAAAUAUACUGCUACGAUUGUUACUAUACUGUUAAUGACUGAAGACUAUUUUAACAUGGAGCAUCCUACUUUGGAAGCACUUCAAUGUGAAGUGGACUUUUUCAGGCAAAAUCAGACAAUAGUGGAAGAAGAAAUAAGAACUCUGAUAGCAGAUAAUCAGAAACUGUCCCAACAAGUGGGGAUGCUAUUGAAGGAGAAGUUGGACAAUGCUAGAGCCAAUAGCCACAACCUAGACCACAGCAAAGAGUUGGAAGAGCUGAGGAAACAAGUCUCUUUGUUGGCUAAGGAACGAGACUCGCUUCACGUGCUCUGGCAAACCUCACAGAAGACUAUAGAUGCACUGGAAACUGAAUUGAAGACUUACCAGAGUUAUGACAGUGGAGGAAAGAAGCCCUCGACAGAAGAAAGAAGAGAUUUCGAACUAAAACUCGAAACAGCAUUAACAGAUUACAUCGACCUCGAAAACAAGCACAAAGAUUUACAAACAAAACACGCUAUAUUAGAAAACGAUUUGAAAAGCCGAGAGAAAGAGAUAGCAGCGUAUAAAGAGAGAGGCAAAGAGUUAGAAGAAAAAUUGAGUGACGUCACUAAGAGUUUAGAAGAAUAUAAAAUCAAUUUUGCGGUUGAGAAGAAGAAUAGUGAAGAUUUGAAGGAGCAGUUGGGGUUGUGUCAGAAGGAAUGUGCUGAGAAGUCGAAGAGGGAAGUGGAAGCUAAGUCUAAGGUAGCAGAAGCAUUACAAUUAUACGACGAGGUAUCGAAACAGAAGAAUGAAGCUUACAAAACUGUACAGGAAUUAUCUAGAGAAAUAGCCCAACUGAAACACACAUUAUCGAACAUAAGACAGGAGAUAGAGACGUCGUGUAGGAAAGAGAUGGACGAGGCGAAAGAGAAGUACAACGAGAAAGUCGCAGACAUGUUGCAACAUAUACGGAAUUUGGACGCUGAGCUCGUGGAGAAAGGAUUGCUGCUGAAUAAGACUUUAAGAGAAAACAAGAUAUUGCUCGCUUCCAACGAAAGUUACUUGAAACAGCAAAAGGAUUCGUUGAAGUCUGUAGACCCGAAACUCGCACUAGCUGAACAAAAGGUGGAAGCCAUGUUUCAAGAACUGGUAGCGUCAGAAAGACGCAACAUGCAACUGGUGUGUGAGAAGCAAUGCCUCGCUAUAGACAUACAGAGGAUGCAGGAUGUCCACGCGAGGGAGAUCAAGCGACGCGACUGGGAGGAACAACUGCUGAGGACACAGUGCGAUGAACUCAAAUUACAAGUGGAGCAUCUCCAGAAAUCGUUGGAAGAAACGCACGGCAUGGUGAAUAAGUUGCAAACCAUGCUCGCUUCCAGAACCGAACUCAAUCAGAAAAUGGUGACAACCAAAGAAGAGGAGGUGAUAGAACUGAACAAACAUUUAGAAAAUCAAAUGGAGCUCAGUAAAAAAUGGAAAGAAUCCUACUUAGAAAUGACAGAAAAACUGAAGAAGAAACUAGAUGAAAUGCAGAAAGAGAAUAAGGAACUAAGAUCAAAGUUAAAACUGCCUUAUGUUGGGUCCUCAGAGGAAAGUAACAGCUAACAUUUGAAUUUAGACAAUUAUGUUUAGGAAAUAAAGUAGAAAAUUGAUUAGCACCUGCUCACAGACAUAAUUAGAUAGAUAUCAAUGUUAAGUUUCUUAAAAUAAAGUCUAUUUUUGUUUACCUUGAUGAUUAAAAAUAUCAACAAGCAAGCAAGGCAAGCCUAACUAGCUUUUAAAGUAUGGUAUGGUCACAACCUAAGAUGUUUGAUGAUUAAAAAUCAACCUUACCACUAUAGAUAAAAGUGCCCCAUUGCCUUGUUCCCAAUGCUCCAAUAAACCUACCUCUAUGAAAAAUGUAUUCCUAAUUUAAUUUUAAGAGUGUUACCACAGUGCAAUAUAGUUAUAGAUAAUAAAUAUUUAAUAUUAA